AUGGUUCUCUCCGCCAACUCUCGUGAGGGCUUGACCAAGCUGGUCACCCUCAGAGAUCAACAAGAACUGUCGACGAGCCAGCUAGGGGACAUCAAGAAGCACCUUCUGAACAACGAGCCCCUGUCUCACGAUUUCUGGAAAGGCAUUGAAGAGCUGGGGAGUUUGAGGUCUUCCAAUAUCCUGACUUUGGAGGAGCAUGUGCAGCAUCUCAACGAACAUGUGGCGUCCCACCUCAAGAAAAAGACCCCGGUGCCAACCCCUCCCUCCUGAAUCGGCUGCUGGUUCAAGCGCACAGCAGUUCGUAGGGAAGAAGCGAAAGGCAUCAUCGUCUUCAACAGCAUCAGCCAAGAAAACGGGGAGGGCAGCAUCCAACCCGCCGGCAGGGACUCACAACAUCAUCAAUGCCUUCGCUAAAGGCAGUGGCAAACAUCAAUUCCGCCGGGCCUCCACCGUCUCAACCGAUAGUGCCUUGUACGAAGUGCAACCGUCGUUUCUUCAACACCCCAGGGCCUUGGGGUGCACAUCAAAACUGACCACGAGCGUGAAGCGAAGAUCUCGGUUCAACGGUGGUGUUCAACGAACAGGAAGGGGGCGGGGGCAUCAUCUCUCCUCCCUUGGGGUGGGACACCGUCAGGACGUUGCUGGCACGUUGCGUUUCACCAUGGAGAGAGUCGCUGAUGCGGCGCGACAUGUCCGCCAGGGUCCGUGACGUUUGUGCUGCAGCCUUUACGCCCUGGAGCCGAGCGGAACAACAACCUCGUGAACGACGGCUUUUCACAAAGGGAGUCGCCACCAAGGAAAACGUGUGGAUCAGCCUCGAGGAGACGGUACACCUCGCGCGAGAAGGUCGGUGUUAUUAUGGAGCUGCGAGUUCUAGAGUCGCGGUCAACGGAGGUUCGUGCGCACUUCGGUAUGACCCCUCUCUUUUACUUGGAACAUAUGUCAGGGAUCUCGGCCAGCAAAAAAUGUAUCAGCAAAUGGCAGAAGGAUGAAGACUCGCUCGUGCAGCAGGCAGCUGACAAGGUGCGGAGUAGUCUGAUGGCGACAUGCACUCGACGGCGGCUGUGGUUCCCUGACGCGGAGAAGGAGCUGUACAAGAUGUUGCUGGCACGACGCAAGAGGAAGCUGCGGGUCUCGACAAGGUGGAUCACGGUCACUUUCAAAAAGCUUAUCAUGGAAAGGUACCCGCAAGAUCCACUCGCAAAGGCAUUCCGGCC